AUGAAUAGGUCUCAAUCCCCCUUAAAUGACAGUCGGAGUCAUAGUGCAUCCAAAAGGUAUGUCUCUCCACAUGAAAGACAGAACACUCAAGAGAAUGAGCAAAAUCAUAAGAAAUUGCCACCUACUUAAUAAGUCAAAUCUAAAAUAAUUAACGUUGACCAAUCUGAUAUUGGCAGUAUCUUAGGAGAAGUCAAUAUUAACAACACUAGUAAAAUGUCCAACAUGACUUAAUUUGCGAAUUUCAUGUAUGUUCCAUGUCCAACUCAUCCAGAAUUCUUCAUUACUAAUCUAUGCCAGGAACAAAAUUGUAUCGAACCCCUCUGUCCAGAAUGCAUCAAUGAACAUCUUGAGAUGCACUAAAAGAAAGGAAGAGUUCCCAAAUUGGAAAACAUUCAAAGAGUCAGAAAAGAUAACACUUAUAAGAUAGAUGAAAUAUCCAAAUCGCUGUAAUUUAAAUUAUUAGAUUGUAAGAAGUAUUUCUAAGAACAACCAUCUAUUAUUUAUAAUAAUAAUCUUGGGCAAUUGAGAUCAAUCCAUGAAUAAAUCUCAAAUAUCAUAGAUGAUUAUUUUGAAACAUUGUACAAAGAUUUAAAAGAUCAAAAUUAAGAAGAAUACUUAAAAUAGUUAAAUUAAAUAGAAUAAGAUAUCCAAUAGUAACAACAUAAACUUAGUAAAUUAUAAGAAGAUUUGCACAAUGAUAACUAUGUUAGGGCUGUCAUCUAAAUGAUGUGA